ACCUGCGGUGGGCGGGGCUUAUUGUCGUCUGACAGAAACUGUUGUCCGACCUUUGAGACGCAGCCAGCAGACGGAACCAUGGCCACAGAUUUCACCCAGGACUCGGUUCUGUUGUUCCUCCGGAGCAGCGGAGGUUCGGUGAGAAACGCCGACCUGCUGCUCCACUUCAGGCCGUUCCUGCAGGACCCCGCGAACCGGGACCGGAACCGAGAGCUCUUUAAAAAGUUCGUUAACUCCUUAGCCAUCGUCAAGCAGGUGGACGGGGUGUCUCACGUGUUCCUCAGGAAGAAGUUCAGAGGACCCGGAGCUGGACCGGACCCUCCGGGACCCACCGCGAACCACACGGAGCCCUCCGUGGUGAACCCCGCCCUGCCGAGGGAAACGGUCCUACCGGCUGCUGGGCUCAAGGUGACGACGACCAACCCGACGGAGACGACACAGAAACUCGUAAACACCAGUCUGGAACCAGGAAUUAGACCGGUCCCUGUAAGGAGUCAGGUCCCAGGUCUGUCCCAGCCUCCUGGUCCUGCUCAGAGCGUCGAGGUGGGACCGCAGAGAUCUGAUCCUGGACCCCGACCUGGUCCCAGACUCCAGGAUCCAGAACCCCACAGAGGACGAGGUCCUCCUCAUCAGGAGCACCUUCAGCAGGGACCUCCUCCCAGGGUCCCCCCUCCUCAGCGGCUGCCUCCUUUUCUCCAGGCAGCUCCUCUUCAUCAGGGACCUCCUCUUCAUCAAGUUCCUCCUCUUCAUCAAGUUCCUCCUCUUCAUCAGGCAUCUUCUUCCCACCAGGAUCAGGAGCCUCUUCUUCAUCCUCAGCAGGUUCCUGCUCGCCGUCGCUUCAGAUACAGGCCGAGCUACAAAUCGGCUGUUUCUCAGGAUGGUGAUGAUGAAGAGGAUGAGGAGGAGGUGGAGGAGGUCCCGGUAAAACGCAGUGCACCAGGAGGACAGUGGACCCUCUCCGAUGGUUCCAUUUCUCCGUCGUCACUCAACACCACGGAGUUGCCUUCAUCUCCCUCCUCUUCUAGGAGACUACAGAUUUGCAUCCAGGAGGACCCGACCCCUCUAGGUCCCUCAGAGGUCAGCUCAGAACCUGAAGCUGAUUCUGUUCCUGUGGAGGUGAGGUCCAUCCCAGACCCAGACCCAGAACCAGCGUUCUCCAUACAGGGAUCCAACCAGAACCAGAAGCUGCCGUCCAGCAGCAUCUACUCGCUUUCCUCUAAUGAUCAGUUCUACAGCACCGCCUGGCCACCGACCAGAACCUCAGGGAGGAACAGCAUCUCCGAGGGGCUCUCGACCCAAACAGCCAGGACCAAUCUCCGUCAGGAGGAGCCUCUUCUUCGCAGUGACUUUCCUCUUCAUCUGAAGCUUCCUCUGAAACAGGAACCUCCUCCUAGUCAGGAGCCUUCUUCUCUCAGACAGCCUCCUCUUCAUCAGGAACCUCCUCUUCCUCCUCCUCAGCAGGAUCCUGCUGGUCGUUGCUCCAGAUCAAGGCCAACCUACAAAUCGGCGCUCUCUCAGGAUGAUGGUGGUGGUGAUGAAGAGGAGGAGGAGGUCCCAGGAGGACAGUGGACUCAGAGUGUCCCCCUUUUUGUCACAGAUAGGUCCAUUUCUCCAUCUUUCACCAGCAUCGGGUCACCUUCAUCUCCCUCCUCUUCCUCAGGAAGACCAGUUCCACAGAUUUGCAUCCAGCAGGACCCGACCCCUCUAGGUCCCUCAGAGGUCAGCUCAGAACCUGAUUCUGUUCCUGUGGAGGUGAGGUCCAUCCCAGACCCAGAACCAGCGUUCUCCAUACAGGGAUCCAACCAGAACCAGAAGCUGCCAUCCAGCAGCAUCUACUCGCUUUCCUCUAGUGAUCAGUUCUACAGCACCGCCUGGCCACCGACCAGAACCUCAGGGAGGUCCUGCAGCUCUGAGGGGCUCUCGACCCGAACAGACGUGUCUGCUGGUGUGGAGAAAAUCCAGGAAGCUCUGCAGAGGUCUAAAAGAUCGGAAAACGAACGUUCAGCUCUUCGCAGAACCAUCGUGCCGUGGCAUCGCUCCACGGGGGAUCUGUUUGACGACCAGCAGAAGACGGGUCGGUUGUCACCGCUGUAUCACUCUACUGACUGUCUCCAUGACGACCAGCCUUAUCCACCUGAAGCGCCGUGGCGCCACUCCACAGGUGAUCUGCUUGAUGACCCUGAGGGGGCGGAGUCGAGCGACGGCUCCGUCUCCUCCUCCCCUCAGGUCCAGCUGCGCUCGGCGGUGGUCCGGCGACUCAGCACUCGGCUCAGGGGCCGGAUGUGUCGCAGCCUCAGUACCGACCUGGACCAGAUCCUCCAGGACGAAGGCGUCGGCGGAGGGAACGAUGCAGCCCGGCUGAACCGCCUCCACCGGAUCUCCUCCUCUCUCAGCCUCUCCUUAAACCGGUCGGCAUCCUCCCUCUCAUCUCAACCCACUUCCAACUUCUACAGCUCGUCUGUCCAGAUGGGCGGGGAGGACAGAAGACACGUGAGGAGGAGUCUCACCUCCAUCUCCUCUCAUCACGAAGAGUCGCAGGUCCCUCUGGAUGCCAGGGAGCACGCCUGGAUGGUGAAGGCAGCGGCGGGGGCCUGGACGGACAUCUACUCCCUCUUCAGAGAGGACAAGGACCUCCUUAACAAACCAGACUUCAUCUCCGGCUUCACCGUGCUGCACUGGAUCGCCAAACACGGGGACCACCGGGUCCUCAACACCCUGUGGUACGGAGUGGAAAAGGUCGGCAUGAACUUCAACAUAAACGCCAAGUCGAGGGCUGGUCAGACGCCCCUCCACGUCGCCGCCAUCCACGGACACAAAAACGUCAUCCGGUUACUCGUUUCCUCGUUCAAAGCUAACGUGACGCUCAGGGACACGGCAGGCAAGAAGCCCUGGCAGUACCUGAGCAACAGUUCGCCUGACAUGCUGGAGCUGCUGAAAGCGCCGCGGCGGUAUGGCGGCACCACAGAAGACUCGAGCUGGUCAGCGCCGCCGCCCCCGCCGCCGCAGCAGCGUCGCCGUCUCCAGCAUCACUUCUCCUCAGCCUCCUCGGGUCUGAAGCAGAGCACAAAGGUCAAAAGGUCUACCUCCAUCGCAGCGUUCCUCAAAAACAAGGCGCUGACGCAUUUUUAGGAGCAUCAUUCCGAUUCAGGAUUCAUUCGGAUUCAUCCGUUCAUCAAACUCUGGGGCCCGUUUUACAGGAAUCUGCCUUUUCUAUUGGGCUGGACUCGGGUCUCCUCUUUGAUGCAUCUAAUCAUCUCAAAAAUCACUUCCUGUUUACAAAGAGUCCUUUAUUAAGUGUUCAUUAUCCUGAUGACUUAUGUCGUCAUCCAACCAGGAUGGAAAGUCAGGAAAACACCAGUCACUGGUCACUUCUUAACAUUUGUUCAUGUUUGGUAGUUUAUGGGUUAAUUUAUGUGAAUUACUGCUUAUUAUUGACUUAAAGCUUUAACGUUCCGACGUUCUUUUAGAUUUCACCAAAAUAACUAAUUUUCAUUAAAACAUAAAUUUUUUCUGAUGAGUUUCUCAAACGUUUUUUCUACUUAUUAACUACGAACUGAUCUAAUAGACCUAAUGAAAAGCUAAUGAUUGUAAAUGAUUUAUCAAAUUAAAGAUAAUAACCACAAAAUAACAUAACCGCUUAAAUAAUAUUAAAUACUUUGUUAUAUAUAACUAAGUUUUAAUAUUUAAAUAUUCUUUAUUGCAGUAGACCCUCACAUUAAAAGUCUACCUAAUAGAAUAAACGUCUUUAUUAUUUUAUUUCUAACGUAGUGACUCGGUCAGCCAGACCCGUGUCUAAAAGUUUUGUUCUAUAAAAAAAUACUUUUUAAAGAAGGAACUCGAUAUCUGAAUUAGCAGCUAAUUUUACUGAUUAACUGAAUUCGAAUCCAGUUCUUUAUUAACUCACUGAGAUUUUUUUAAUGCAAUAAAUUAAUAUUUCAGAGCGUUUUUUGGGUAAAACUUAUAAAUCUUAUUUUAGUCAUGAAACAGCUUCCUGAGCAGCCUCGGUGCAGGAAAACGGCGUUUGCAGGACUAGUCUGAAUAAAGCAGCUUCCAGGGUCCAAAUCCGGCCGGGUUCCGUUUCUGUUUCUGCUGAACUCAUCUUGUUAUGUCAGAUUAAAUAAGAAAUAAAUGCAGGAGAUUUAAAACCCCAGCAACCUACUGGGGUUUUAUUCAGACUAGCCGUUAGCUCAUCAGUCCUGUGAACUCAAAUUCUCUGGACUGAGGCUGUUCAGGUUGUUGCUAAGAGACGACUUGUUUCAGAAAAGGUCAAACGUCUAAACGUCUGAUUAGCAUCUGACGGAGGAACAGGAAGCUGAACGCCAGUAGAGCGUACACGGCAGGUUUACUGUGAUUGGUGCUGCAACACACCUGUAUAGUAUUUUAAUACCAAAAGUUUAGCUUAUCGUACUGUUUCAAGUUUUGUUUUUUCUGACUUUAAUAAACUGUUUGAGUGGA